AUGAGACAGAGGGGAAACGUUAUCCAGCGUCUAAUUACUCACACGCGUAAAUUUAUUGUGUUUUUCCUGGAGACUAACACAGCCCACGGUCUUCAGUAUUUGGUUCUCUACGGCCUCCAUGCAGUGGAACGCAUCGUUUGGAUAUGCUGCAUUGCGAUUGGAAUUUUCGGAAUGAUCUCACUAGCUCAGCGUAUAUUGUAUCGGUAUCAAACAUCGCCGAUGGUGGUUUCGAUGGAUCGCAAUAUGUAUUUUUGGAACACAAGCUUUCCUAGCCUCACACUGUGCCCCCAUAUCCGAAUUGAUAGUGUCAAAGUCGACCAGUACAUCCAAUUGCAUUCGGAAAAGUUCGCUACAAACGAGGAUGCCGUGGAUUUUAGAGAAUUCAUUGUUAAACUGGCAAAUGUGACGUACGAAACUUUUCUGGAAUUACCAAUGAAUAGAACAUACGGAAUCUUGAGCGAAGAUUAUUUAGACCUGAUAAUGAAUCUUUCGUUGCCCUUGCAAUUCGCGGUCAGUAGUGGAACUACGGUACCCGUAAAAUUACAACCGACUGUCACGGAAACGGGGAUAUGUGUCGCGGUGAACUCAAGAAUGGCAAUAUACAGUUCCCGCGAAUAUUGGAAGAAUCAACGCUGGGAUUUAGUACCACUACCAACGUUAUCUGUGAUUCAUCCUCUGGAUGGCGAGGUGUUAUCUCAGUUGAAUGAAUUAAAAAGUUCAUAUGAUGUAUAUUUCCACGGCUAUAUGGAGGUCCCGGAGAUCUCCAAGAAAAGAUAUUCAUUCUACGAAGCAUUCUUCACAACGGUUGAACUAUCUGCACAAGAAAUUUUCACUUCGUCCAACGCGAAAGAGUAA